GUGAAAUUAUCAUAGUGCACAGUAUAAGCGGUAUAGAAAAAGCCUUACUUGAAAUAGAUUGGGGCAAUGGAUUAGACUUCGGAGAACGAAUUUUGCAUGAAAGCAAUUAAAUUAACUGUCAGUGAUAAAAAUGAGUUUUUCAGGUGGCAUUUCCGAAGAUGAUCCCCAAACUAUACAAAAAGCCAGUGAAUGUGAACCACUAAACCCCGAAAAGCCAGACGAUGUUAUUAUUGAAGAAGUAAAGGACAGACCACUUAUCUAUUACAUAAAUGAAACUCCACCAUUCUAUCUAACCAUUCUGUUCGCUUUUCAACAAGCUUUAUUGCCAAUAUCAGCAUCACUGUCUGUGUCGUUAACGGUAGCAGAGGUUGUAUGUGCCAGGGAUGACGCAGAAAUUAAGUCACAGCUUCUCAGUACAGCCUUCAUGAUGUCUGGUAUAUCAACCGUGUUAAUGUGUACAGUUGGAGUCAGAUUACCAAUAUUUCAAGGCCCCAGCGGAUCAUACAUAGUGCCACUUGUAGGCUUGAUGACUAUGAAAGAAUGGAGUUGUCCCUCAAGGGAAGAACUGGUGUCAUUAUAUUCUAAUUCGUCCACCAAUAUGACAGAAAUAAAUGGUCGUCUGCCUGUCCCUAGAGAGUUCAUCAUUGGUCAGAUUGAAAAAUUACAGGGAAGCUUAAUGGCAGCAGACGUAAUUCACCUUUUGAUUGGUCUGACUGGAUUAGUGGGCGUGGUCGCCAGAUACGUUGGUCCAAUCACCAUCGUGCCUGCGCUGCUGUUGGCAGUUCUAUAUAUUCACAAAGUGGUAGUGAAAUUUGCUGAAACCUUUUGGCCAUCUGCUCUUUCGACAACGGUAUCUGGUAUCAUUUUAUCAUUAUAUCUUCGAGGAAAAAGAACACCAAUCCCAAUGUGGACGAAGGGUAGAGGCUUCCAUAUAUUGUGGUAUCCAUUACAUCAAGUUUUUUCGAUAUUAAUAUCAGUAAUAUUUGGAUGGAUUUUAAGCGCCAUUUUUACCAGUACUGGAAUAUUAUCCAGUGAUCCAAGCAGUGUCCAGUUUUAUGCCAGAACUGAUGCCAGGAAUGAUAUUAUUACAACUAAUCCAUGGUUUUAUUUUCCAUAUCCAGGUCAAUUUGGAGGUUUCAGAUUUGACACAGCCGCGUUUGUUGGAUCAAUUGUAGCCACAAUUAUGUCGGUGGUUGAUUCAAUAUGUGACUACAACGCAUGCGCUAGGGUUUGUCACGCUCCAUUUCCUCCAGCCCAUGCCCUGAACCGUGGAAUAUUCUGGGAAGGUUUGAUGAGUUUCUUUGCUGGCAUGACAGGAGCUGGACAUGCGACUAGUUCAUAUGGUGGCAAUAUUGGGGCUAUUGGAAUAACUAAGGUUGCAAGCAGGCGAGUGUUUCAACUGUUGGGUGCCAUCUAUAUAUUAUUCGCUAUAUUAGGAAAACUGAAUGCUGCAUUUAUCACCAUACCGUACAGUGUUUUGGGUGGCACUAUGAUUUUAUAUUUCGGUAUAUUCCUCGGAAUCGUUCUAUCCCAGUUGCAGUUUAUAGAUAUGAACAGUUCCAGAAAUUUAGCUAUAAUUGGUAUCAGUAUAUUGGUAGGUUUCAUGGUACCAUACUGGAUUGUAAAACACCCAGAUGGUAUUAAAACAGGUAUAGUAGAGCUGGAUACAGUGUUAACUAUGUGUUUGGCAAAUGGUAUAUUUAUUGCUGGGGCUGUGGCUUGUUUCCUAGAUAAUACAGUCAAAGGUACAAAACAGUCACGUGGUUUAGAAGCUCAGCUUGGAAGGACAGGAACACAUCAAGAUGACCAAAAUAUAGAAUAUGAAGAAGGGAUGGGACUUUAUGACGUCCCGAAGAUUCCCCAGUUUGUAAAAAUAUCUAGAUUUGCUAAAUAUUGUCCCAUAAUGCCUAAGUAUAAAGGAUUGCAAACAGAUGCGAAGGAAGUUAAGAUACAGGCAGAUGAAGAUAAGAAGACAUCUUAACUCACAUCAUUCGUUUCUUGUAUCAUCUUUAUUUCACAUACUAAUUGUAAUUCGAUAUAGUUCUAUAUAUCUUGAUUGUUUCUUUUGUAUAGAAUAUAGCGAUAAAUCGCAUAAGGCAUAAAUAGUGUGAGAACAAAAAGGAAAUAAUUGGAACAACACAUAUUGUAAUAGAUGAAUGAAUGCAAUAACAUAAUAUACUUAUGUAAGACACAUUACUAAAUAAAUAUAUAGUUUAAUAUUAUUUUAACAUGAUUCAGAAACUACUAUUUUGAUCCAACCCAGCCC